AACUCGUAAAAGAAAUUGAAAAGAUAGCCGAAAAGAAAGGUGUUACUGCUAGUCAACUUAGUUUGGCAUGGGUUUUGGCUCAGGGUGAAAACAUCGUUGCAAUUCCCGGUACUAAAAAAGUAAAAUAUUUAGAGGAAAAUGUUCAUGCUGAAAAUGUUAAGUUAACCGCUGAAGAAUUAGCCGAAAUUCGGAAAAUUAUUGAUUCUAUUGGGGUUGCCGGAACUCGGUAUCCUGAAUACCGAUUAAAG